AUGAGGAUAUGUCGGAGCGGCCAUAAUACUAAGAGGAUAACAACCAUCGCUACAUUUGGGGUGUCGCCAGUGGGAGGGACGCCGCCCAAUGAAAUCGGGAGUGCCAACUCGAGAGCGGAGAGCUCGACAACGGAGUUGAUCUCGUCACGAAUAGCAGACCUGAAUCCAAUGGUCGAAGAGGCGACGCCAAACGGCCGGCACCGCCAGCUCCGGCUACUGCAUCAGCCCUCCGUUGAUGCGUGGGCUGAGCCUUCCUCGACUGGGCCUUCCUCGACUGGGCCUUCCUCGGCUGAGCCUUCCUCGGCUGAGCCUUCCUCGGCUGAGCCUUCCUCGGCUGAGCCUUCCUUGGCUGGGCCUUCUUCGGCUGAGCCUUCCUCGGUAGGCUCGAUUGUAUUUUUGGCGAUGUCGCAGGCGAAGCCAGUGGGGGACACCUCGCAGGAGCUAUUGACCGGAUCCUUGAACGAAGCCUGUCCUGACCUUGUGAAGGAAGCUUUGUGGCAACCAUGGCUGAGAGCACCACAGGAGACCAUGAUGGAAUGGUCGAGCGACCCUUGCAUGGUCUCGACGGAACAUUUGGUGGAAGCCGGUCCGAAUCCUGUGAUGGAGGAGACCCCGUUAGAACCAUUGAUGGAGAGCUCGAGAGAACCUUUGAUGGAAGCGCGGCCUGAGCCUUUGGCAGCAACCUGGAUGGGUCCUAAUUUAGUGCCUCGGGUGCUGUAUGGGUGCUUGGAGAUGGAGAAGGACCUCAAACCCGGACUCAGUUCACUAGAAGAACUCACGGUUGUGGGGUUGGCUGAGGACGCCUUGAGAGAACUGAUCAGGCGAAAUAGAAGUGCAACAGACCUAUCCGACUUGUCGAUUUCUGAUUUCGACAGUUGUUCUUGGCGAUGGCUCAAAUUGGCGUUGUUAAUGCGGAAGUGGCAAGGCGAAGACGUUGGCCUGCUUUGGGAGUUAGAGGAUUUGGUCCCUAGACCGGCUGGCUUAUCUGAUACCUGGUUUCUGGCUGGCGUCUUACAGAGAUUCCUCCCGUCCGCGAGUCUUUCAAACUGGUUGCCUCGUACGAUGUCGUCUCAGAGUGGCUGGGGUUGCAGGAAGAUGAUUUUUCGUGUGUCCUUUCCAAAUGAUAUUGUUCGUUUACCGGAGAAUGAGGACUCCAUAAAACGCGUUUGCGCCUGCUCAAAGCUUGACUGGUGGUUCCGUCAAGCUCAUAGAAACAUUAUCAUUGACGAAGAGGCGUGGGAUAUAUCUGAACACCCGGAGGCUAUCGCCAGCGUUCGGCGUGCUUUGGGCAAGCGGGCAUUUGACGAAGCUGUAGAAGCAAUGAAAACUGUAAUACCGCCUCCGGAUUGUUUGAACAUGUCGAAUCGAAAGUACGUAGCUUGCUUAAUGAAGCAUGUUGAGACAGCCCCACCGAAACAAAUCAAGAUGAAAAUUAAAUGGAGAAGACGUGCUCCCAGGACAACCCGAGGUCCUCAAGCCGUCCCUGGUCAUGAAGCCACCCGUUGUCGUGGGUCCUCCAUUCCGUCCAGCUCCGAUUCCGCUCCAACGCAAACUUGUUCGUCAGUGGCUUUCGUCGCUGCAGAUAACUCUGUUGAUCCCGAUAACUCGGUUGAUCCCGAUAGGUCGGUUGCUGAGGAGAUGACGGCCUUUGUGGCCCGCGUACUUGAAGAGUGCGCGUCCAAAGAGAAAAGCGAGGGAGUCAGUCAGGGGCAAGAGGAGGUGCUGAGUAUCGCCAGACUCGGCGUGAAGAACUUUCAGGCUGUACUGUCCUCCACAAAGGUGUCAGCAGAAAGGAAACAUCGGGGUCGGAGAGAGAACCCUUUCAACGCGUGUGGGUGGCGAUGGCUGUGUCUUGUGGGCCUGAUCAAUGACUACCUGGAGCCGGGGUUACUUAACCAAGUUAUUGCCGACAGCGAAAAGUUAGUGCCUAGGCCGAAACAUGUGUCGCCGUUAUGGUACCUGGCCUGUCGGAUGCAGGCCUGUCUGAGAACAACUUCUAUGACGGGAGCUCCGCCAUGGUGGCGAUUUAAGAUAACAGUUUAUCAUGAUCAUUUCCCCCGGACGUUUGGCCAGCUGCCGUCAUCUGAAGCGUCUGGCCGCUUGAUUGCCUUCUGUUCUAGAGCUGCUGAAUGGAUCACAUCCGGAAUCCGCAAAUUCCAUCUGACCCGCAACACAUGGUUACCCACCUUAAAUGACGACAUUGUGGAUGUAUUCCACAAAGUACUAGGAGACCACUGGUUCAGCGAAAUGAUCAAUAUAAUCAAAGCAAAAAUCUCUAAAAUUGUACCUGAUGAGGGUCCAGAACAAAUGAAGAAGCUAUCAGACAAAUCCAUCAUGGAAACCGUCCUCAGGUACGCCCACGUGCCUAGAAGGGUCAGCUGUGGAUUCUGUAAAAGUUGGCAGUUUGAUGUUCCCUUAAAUCCCAAGAGGUCCGGUGGAAUCGCGGACACGAAUUCGUCUGAGGACGAAUGGCCCCCGGAAAAAGUACGCAGACUACUCACCUAG